CUACGGUUUACCCUAAUUUUCUCUUCCUAAACUUGCAACUUUUACGACGAAUCUUUUCAUCUUUUCAUAAUGGACAAGACCACUUCUGUUACUGCUGCUCUCCAGGCGGGCAAGCUGCCUUCCACCCAGCAAGUCAACAACUUCAUCGACUGGCUUAACGAUGUCGGUAUCACCCAGGUGGAACCUUCCUCCAACACUGAACUCAGUUCACGAGGUCGCGUUCUUGCUGGCGGUGUGAGGCAGACAUUGGAUGCCUAUCGAACGCUCAUUAACAACAAGAAUGCCGAUAAUAUCGUACAGGAGGCCAUGUGGCACCUUACUGAAGGAGAUUUGACGACCACAUCCGAGGCUCAGGCCAACAAAGACCAGGCCAAAGCCGACAUUGACGCCCUUCGCACUUCUCUUCGUAACGUUCUCUCAGUCGUCUGGGACAGCGUUUCAUCUGAAGGAUCCUCCUUGUUCUACGACUUCCUUUCCUUCUUGCGACUCUCGCUCGCAGAUGCUGCCGAGUUGGUCGAAGACCAGGCUGGUCAAGCCAAGGAGACCCUCCGACAGGUGGACGAGGAAGUUCAGAAAGGUGAACGGGAUGCGUUGGGACGGGACAAGCAACGACUGGAAGAGGAGAAGGAUGCGAAGGUGGCUUGGGAACAUGGUAUGGACACUGUGAAAGGUAUGGGCUCGAAGGCCAUCGACGUUACACGGAGUACUUCGGAGACGGUUAAGGAGCAGUCAGAGAAGACCAACAUCCGACUUCAAGAUGCUCUGAACAAGAUUUCUGAACGUGCGCAGAACGACGAACAGUACAGGAACUCCCUCGAUACCAUCUUCAAUAUCCUGCAGAAGCGAUUGAACGCGACUAUGGACGCAGCUGGCGACCCCAAUAUGACUGUAUCCAAGUUUAUCGCCGACAGUACCCCUGAACAACACAUCCCCAAAGCCGUCGACCUAUUCCGCACCUUUAUCGAACGUAUGGCCAAUACCUCUCUUGAUUCUUUCUCCUCGCAAUUCCGAACUGUCACGUCCUCUAUUAUGCGUGAUCCCGAUAUCAAGUCGUGGUUCAACGACUCCAUCGCCUACACCCGCCGAGUGCUCGCUGAGCCUGGUUUCUCCCAGUCUGACGAUGCCACCGAACAACGCAAACAACUCCGCUCUCGCUGGCGCGAUUUGCAGGAGAAGGACGAUCAGUGGAAGAAGAACAUCGAGCAGCUCAAACGCGAGUGGAACAAGAUCGAGAACGGUAUCAACAAGGAUCAGGACGUCGUUCGCGUUCGCAAUGCCCAUAACAAUCUUGUGCGCGAUGUAGGCGACGGCUUGAAGGUUGCGGGGGAGGAGGCGCAGUCGAGCUUGGAGGCGGCGAUGGAGCAGGCCACUUGGUUCUGGCAAGAUCUCUUCAAGGUCUACCUACCCAAGGCCAUGAGCAAGAUGAGGGACAUCCCCAUUCCAAGAACCGAGUACAAGGAUUCCGAAGUCGAGUUCGUCCUCGAGAACCUCGACAUCUCAUCGUUCAACUUCCUGCCUUCGCACGUCUACAUUCGUAACAUCACAGACGUCGACAUCACCACUUCUGAUUCACCCUCGACGCCGUCACGCACUGCUAUCGGCACCCUCACCCACAUCCGUGUGCAAGCCGUUCAACUCGCUCUGGACGACAUCUCGUUCUGGUACCUGGACAAGACUGCCGGUCCGAUGACUCCUGGCGAGUUCACCGGUUUGCUUAACCUCAAGCUUCCCGAGAAGGGAGUGGACCUCGAUUUGAAGGUCAGGAUGAUUCCCGCCACGACCAAGGGCCCCAACUCGCGCGAAGCAUUGAAGCACUUCCACGUUAUCGAGAAGGCCGAGGUUUCCAUCUCGGACGACGUUUCGUUCGAGGUCAAGGACAGCAACCACGCACUCCUCACGACUGUCUUCAGGCCCAUCGUGGUCUCGCGUCUCCGAGACGCCCUUUCUCGCACCCUCUCCGAGCAACUCCGCUUCGCCAUCGACUGGGCCGACGGUGUUGCGUUCGACAUCAGCAAGCGGCGACAAGUCUUCGAGGACACUGGGCUUAGCGGCGGUGGAUCCCUCAUUGCUGCCAUCUGGAGCGAGAUUGGCCGUCUGCAGCGCGAAUCGAGCGUGCAGAAGCGCGAGUUUGAUGUCCGCGCUACCGGAACUGGUGUGAUCGUCGAGCAGAAGAAGGUCGUGUCGAAUGGAGAAGGCCAGGGCUCUCGCGUGGAGAAGAGCCAGUUCGCGAUGGGUGCCGAGCCGCAGAUCUUGAGUGGGGAGAAGCGUGGGCCUUUGGGCACUGGAUCGGAGAGGGUAGCGGAUAAGCUUGAGAGGUUGGGUCAGGAUAUGGGCGUUGAUACUGAGGAGUUGGCGCAACGGAUGGAUGUUGAUACUGGGAAUGUGAGGGAAGGAGCGAAGGAGGUUGUUGGUGAGGUUGGGGAGAGGGCGAAGGGCCUUGUGAAGGAGGCCAAGCAUCAGGUUUCGACCUUUAAGAAUAGCGUCGAUCGGAAGGUGAAGUUGGAGCAGGAGAGGCCUGGUUGGAAGAGUGCUGCUUUUGAUUUCUAAUUUCGUUACCCAUCUGUUCCUUACUCUCGCUGUCUUUUCCUUCAUCUCUUUUUGCGGGCUUGAUUUGAGUGUUUGAUAGUGUAUUAAUAUGACCAGUGUAUCAGUAAAAGUAAAUCUCAUCUCGUCUUUUCCUAGUA